AUGGCGAGGACAUCAGGAAAAGAACGACUAGAAAGAUCUAUAGAACGUCGUAAAAGACUCAACAGAGAAAGAGCAAGACGAUUUUAUGAAAAUAGAAAGAAAAAGAGAUCUCCUUCUUUUAAUCGCCAAACAAAGAAAAGAUUGCUAGAAAAAGUAAGGAAAAUUCUUCCAUCUACUCCAGAGAAGAAAGCUUCAAUCGUCAAGAGUUUACUCGAAAGCCCAAAUUCAAGGCAAAUAUUAAUCGAAAGUGGUCAUGUAAAUACAGAAAAAGACACGCACGAACAACAAAGAAUAUCAACUGUAACUUCAGCCAUCAACAAUGUAAGAGAAGCAAUUACCACCAUCAAACACAAAAGGAACUCUGAUGCUAGAGUAGCAGAGACUACCACAAACUGGACGUACCUUACCAGAAAAACUAGAAAUGAUGCCGUCCCUGAAGAACGAAAACUCGCAUUUAACUUUUGGAGCGAUAAAGGUAUCUCUCGACCAACUGGGAAUAAAAGAGAUAUAUCAAGACUGCGAGUUGGCCCACGUCAGUAUAUAGAACACGAAAAACAAAUUCUAGAAAAAACACAAACGGAGGUUUUCUUAGCAUUCAAGCAAAUGUAUCCCAACAUUGAAAUAGGCCAAAGAAAGCUUCAAUUGAUUAGUAAGGAAACUUCACCUGGCGAAAUGUUUGAGUACUUUAUUCACCUACUGGAAAGCUAUCCAGCCCACCAGUUCAGAGCAAAUUGGCAGAACGCUGAGUUAAAGAAAUUGAUAGACAAUUUACCCUUAGGUCACGUUUGUUGUAUUCAUGACUACUCAGAAAAUUACAGCUGUCAGCAUCAGGACCAAAUUCAGUCACUGUAUUACGGACAAGUCCAGGUGUCCAUCCACGUAACAGUAAUGCACCGUCACGCUAUUAAGGAAAUUGAUGGAGAAGAAAGUACUCCUGAUGAUCCUGCAGUCAUAACUGAACAUUUAUAUGUAAUCUCACCAGAUACAAAACAUGACUCACACUCAGUUCACAAUUGCAGAUCACAUCUCGCAGUAUUUGAAGGACAUAGGAUGUGCUGUUGA